CGCAAAGGCGCUGAGCAGCACGCAGCCGCUACUGGAGGAGCCGCAGACGUCUCGGCCCCGGCCUGGCCGCUCUCCCGGCCCCGCAGGCCCGGCGCUCCGCGGAGCCCUUCUCUGCCAUGGAGUUAGAGGAUGACUUCGAUGUUUUGGAUCCAGAGAGAUUAAUACAAUGUCCAUAUAAUAAGCACCAUCGAAUCAGAGCCUGUCGGUUUCCCUAUCACCUUGUAAAGUGUAGGAAGAGUUACCCUGAAGUUGCAAAGGAAUUGGCCACGUGCCCCUUCAACGCUCGCCAUCUCGUUCCUCAAGCUGACCUCAGCGAUCACAUAACAAAGUGCAAUGACAAAGGGUUCAUUGAGCAAGAUAUAGUGAAUCAGUCCUCUGGCUUCCAGAGAGAGCAGAUGAAUGCUGUGAGCACAUGGCAGGCACCUCCAUGCGAAGAAGACUGGGAAACAGAGUUGUUGGAGCAGUCAGAUUCUCCUUUUGUUUGGGGCGUGACCAAUUCUGGCAUAAACAGUUCCAGUACCACCUUUGAACAAAAGAAUUGCUUGCCUUCAAGAGUACGUGCCCCUGAGUCCUUCCCAUAUGCCGUCUCAUGGAAAGGCUAAAGCAUCCUGAUCGUGCCUUUGCAGCUUCAAGCUUUAAGCCUUAACUUUGUCACAUGGGUGCGUGGCGCUUCAGGUAAUGGGCAGUCCUCUGUGAAUUCCUUAUGAUGUGCUUAAUGCCAAACAGGUGAAGUUUGAAAAGUACGCUUACAUACUUGUCUAGUUUCCGUUAGGGUUUUGUAGUUUUCUAACACUUAACACAUUUGAGAGCUCCAACGUAACUGUUCUUUGUUGGGGU